ACCAUUCCCCACACACAUCAAUUUUAUCUACAUAUAAAUACUUCACAUUGUAAUCUUACACUAUGCACAAUCUCCUAUUCCUUGUGCCUCCUCUGUGACCGCUUCACAGAUGGAAUGGUGGCAUAAGAUCAGAAGAACCUGGUCUUCACUCUCCUCCCGAAUCAAGCUUCGCAAACCAAGAGUCCGGGUUGCCGGAGGUAGAGGUGGGGGCGCGGAUGAAUUUGGAGGCGGUUGCGGCGGGAUUGAUGGUGGGCUGUUGAAGCUUCGAGACGAUGUGCAAAUGUGCGGGUACAAGGAUGUGGAGAUCAUGUGGAACAUGCUAAGCAUAAGCCUUCAGCCACAGCUAAUGGAAGAGGCAGGAAGAGCAACCACUAAAGCGAAACGUCCCCGGCGUGGCAUCAAGGAUAGAUCCAGGCUUUUCUUUUGGACUAACCAUAGUCCAUAAUUUAAAUGUACAGAAAUUUGAUACAGUUCAUGAGAAUAGUUUUGCAUAUAUGUGAAUGAAUGCUAAUAAUUUAAUAUUGUACAUGUUUGGAAGAAGAGAGUUCAAGGACAAUCAA